AUGGUUUCAUCGAAAGAUGUAAUUAUUUAUAUAUAUGGUUUCCAAAUAAGACAAUCAUCAAGAAUGAGAUUGUUUGGUGGUGGUAGAAAGAAAAAGGAGAAAUCGGAAUCUGGAAAUAGAGAUAGUGUCGAUGGCGAUAGCGAUACAUUGCAACUUCCUGUGAAGCCAGGAAAGCGAUACAGUAUGGCAUACUCACAGCACAGCAGUGGAGCAUCUUCGUCGUCAUCGUCGAAACUCUCUGAUAGCGGUGCCGACGGAAAGGCCGUCGACACGCCAGAGUUCUUUAUCAACACAAUCAAAGUGUUGCCAAACAUGGAGAUACUGGCAUCGCUUUGUUCAACGCUACAAGCAAAGGGACCGACAUGGGCAAAACAAUUCAUUGACAGCAACGGAAUUGAAGUGCUUCUCAAUGUGUUGGUACACAUUGAGAAGAACGACCACAAGAAGGCAGACGACGUCGUCUUGCAGUCGCUCACAAUGACCUGUCUUCUCUCGCUGAUGAACUCAAAGACGGGCAUUGACACGGCGAUAAAAACACCAAACUCUAUGAACAAGUUGAUUCUCUGUUUGGACACACCGAGGAUCGACACUCGUUCCUCGGUGAUCGAGUUGUUGACUGCGGUCUGUCUGGUGUCCGACGAAGGAUAUCGAACGGUGCUCGACGCGUUCACUCACUAUCGUGGAGCACGCAAGGAAAAGGUUCGUUUCUUCUUCCUCAUCGACACGAUGAAGAAGACCGAUACAACGGAUUUCAGUGACAUUGAUUAUCUCACUAUUUGUUUGGGACUGAUCAAUGGUUUGGUGAAUUCGUCGGAGGAGGUAGACGAGCGUGUUCAACUGAGAACGGAAUUCACACGUUUGGGACUGGACGAGUUGCUCUACAAGAAUAAAACGAUUCCCUACGAAGACGCACCCGAUCUGCUGACACAGAUCGACGUCUAUGAAGACGAAGCGCGUGCCGACCAAGAGGAAAUCCUUGACAAAAUCAACGGACUCGACAUCAACAUUGAUAAUCCCAAGGAGACCAUUGGCGACAUUGACGGCACUACUGACAAGGUGUCGUUGGAGGAGCUGCUGGCGUCGACCGGUGCUUCGGUUGCCAUGCAAGCAGAGCUACAGAAAGUAUCGGAGGAACUCUACAAGGUGAAGGAUCAACUGAAAAAGGUUACAUUCGAUCUCAACAUUGCUCAUACCGAGCUGAGCUCGCGUGAGCAAGAGACCUCGGUGAUGAAGAGCAACAUGUUCAACACUGUCAAGAUGAAGAAUCAAGAGUUGAGCAAGCUCAAAGGACAAAUGAAAAAGAUUGACGGUGGAUUCUUUACGCCACCCAACGAGUCGCCACCACUCGACUCCUCCGAUGACUCUUCAUCCACCAAUCUCUCGGAUUCUGUUCCAUCGCCAAAUUCAACAAGCAGCGGUUUGAAACCACCAAAAUCAUCGAGUUCCAAUCCUAAAUCCGGUGACGAACAAACACCACCACUAAAGAGUGCACUCAAGAAAUCAACUUCUUCAACCACCUCCACCACAGAUCUUACAUCAUCAUCAUCAACAUCAUCAACAUCAUCAAGACCACAACUAAAUGAAAAUACAUUUACAAUUCAUAACCCUGAACCAACAACAACAGAAACAAAACAACCAGAACCUGUAGCAGCACCACCUCCUCCUCCACCACCCAGUGGAGGCCCACCACCUCCACCACCUCCUCCCGGUCCACCUCCACCCCCUCCUCCCCCUGGCGGUGGUCCUCCACCUCCACCAGGACCUCCUCCUCCCCCAGGUGCACCGCCUCCUCCAGGAGGUCCACCCCCACCUCCAGGAAUGAAACUUGCAGCGAACGCACCGAAAUUCAAUAUCGCCAAACCAACGACCAAAGUCAAGCAGCUGCAAUGGACAAAGAUCCCACAGAGAAAACUAGGAGAGACUAUCUUCUCGACGCUCGGUAAUGUCAAGACCGACUGGAUCAAUGCUGAACAACUUGAAUCAUUGUUCAUAGCGGCGGAAGCAGUCAAAAAGACAGAUGAGAAGAAGAAAGAUACCACUGCAAAGCCUGGAACAGUGACAGUCAUCGAUGGAAAGAAAUCACAGAACCUGGCAAUCUAUUUAUCUAAAUUUAAAUGUACAAUACCCGAGAUUAAAAAUGCACUGUUUACUCUGGAUGAAGAGAUUCUCAACAACGAAACAUUGAGAUCAUUAGAGAGUUAUUUACCAAAAGAAGAAGAUAUGGAAGCAAUUAAGGAUUAUCUAAAAACAGGUGAUGUAAAAAUGUUAUCAAAACCUGAACAAUUCCUUAUUGAAUUCGAUACCAUAAGCAAUGUAACAGAGAGAGUCAGAGCAUUCUAUCUUAAACUAACAUUCCCUGAUAAAUUACGUGAAAUUAAACCAGAUUUAGAUCUUUUUAUAAAUGCAACAAAACAAAUUAAGAGUAGUAAAAAGUUUUUAAAGAUUAUCGAAGUUAUAUUGGUCAUUGGUAAUUUCUUGAAUGGUGGAACUGCAAGAGUUGGACGGUUUGCUCAAGUUGACCGAUACAAAGACAUCGAACAACAAAUCGAAUCUCUUGAUCUACAUCAUCGGGGAGUUGGAGAUUAA